AUGUCAUUCGUUGUCAGAGCGUCGCUGCUUAGUGCUCUUGCUGCACCUUCUCUCGCUCAGUUUUUACCGGCUCCAACGGACCUAAAUGCAAGCAAAGGAUACCUCGAUAUACCAGUGCGAUCGAAGCUGGUGCCAGAAGGCACUUGCGAGUUGACGCCAGGCGUAAAGAGUUAUAGUGGCUACGUCGAUAUUUUUGAAGAUCAGCACAUCUUCUUCUGGUUCUUCGAAGCACGCAACGAUGAUCCGACGAAGGCACCUCUUACAGUUUGGAUUAAUGGCGGACCUGGAUCGCCUAGUAUGGGGGGAUUGUUUGAAGAGAUAGGCCCAUGUUCUGUGAAAAAAGAUGGAAAGGUAUAUUACAAUCCAUAUGCGUGGAACAAUGCUUCAAAUAUGAUCUUCAUUGAUCACCCGGCUCAAGUAGGAUUUUCAUAUUCGAAACCAAUCCCAGGCUACAUGAGGAAAGGGGAGUUCGUUCAACUCCCCAACAACACCUGCCCGGACUACGCAGCGGAUCUACACUGUGGCACUUAUUCCUACCCGAACCAAACCGACACCGCAGACUCGACCGUCAACGCAGCACCAUCGAUGUGGAGGACCCUCCAGGGGUUCAUGGGGGCGUUCCCAGAAUAUUCGAGGAAUGGGUUCAAUUUUGCAACGGAAUCGUACGGAGGGCACUACGGUCCGAUCUUCAACGAUUACAUUGAGAAGCAGAACGAUCUGAUCGCGGCUGGAAAAUUGGAAGGUGCUCACCACAUCAGCUUAGAGACUGUGCUGAUCGGCAAUGGAUGGUAUGACCCGUUGGUACAUAACGCAGCAUACUACAACUUUACUGUGUACCCAGGCAACACCUACGACUAUUCGCCUUACAAUGCCUCCACUGAAGCUCAGAUCUACAAUGCCAUGUGGGGCAAAGGGAAUUGCCACGACCAGACCGUGGACUGCAACACGAGAGGCAUUGACUCCAUCUGUUCCAAAGCGGACAACUUCUGUGGUAAUCAGGUCGAGUUCACUCUGGGCAGGAUCACAGGCCGAGAUGAAUACGAUAUCCGAGAGCUGAGUCCGGGUCGUUUUCCGUACAGCUUCUACCUGGACUACCUGAAUACACCAAAGCUGCAGAAAGCCAUCGGGGCUUACGUCAAUUUCACCGAGUCUAGCAGUGCUGUCGAAUAUACUUUCGAAUCGACUGGAGACGAUGGACGCGAGGAGGGCAUCUAUGCUGCACUUCGUAGACUUAUCAAGAAAGGCAUUUACCUCGUGCAGUAUGCCGGAGAUGCAGACUACAAUUGCAACUGGCUCGGAGGUCAACAAGUUGCGAAGAACAUCAAAGCACCCGGUUUCUCCUCCGCUGGCUACGUGAACAUUUCAACUUCCGACAAUAUCGUCCACGGCCAGGUGAAGCAAUCCGCCAACUUCGCUUUCGCUCGCGUCUAUGAGUCUGGACACCAGGUGCCAUUCUACCAACCACUUCUCGCACUCGAAAUGUUUGAGCGAGCAAUCUCAGGCAAGGACAUCGCGACUGGUAAAGAGAGCUGUCGGCACAGUGACUACAAGACUGUUGGUACUGCUGAGAGUACUUAUCGUGAAGGUAAUGCUACUAUGCAGACCAAAAAGUUGCCAAAGGAUGCUACUUACAACACAACGACAAACACCCCGAAUCCAUACAACUCGACUUCCAACUCGACUUCCAGCUCCUCGUCAAGCAGUACGAAGAAGCCGAAAAAGAAGAAGAGAAUGUUCAAGCCCUCUUACGAGGAUCUCAGAUGUAGAUAA